AUUAAUCUACAACAGUGCCUGGCACAUAAGAAUGUCGCCCUCUAGGGCAAUAGCAGUCAGCCCUGGCGAACGGACUCCGUCACGGUGUAGAUGACGUCACUUCCGGCGCGCCAGGUUCGGGCUUGUUUGUGCCAAAGAAAGAGCAGUCGACGUUCUUUGCUAGGGAAAGGCGACGAGUGGUCGCUACUGUCGUUCAUGAGGAAGGAAUUAUUUAUAGAGGAACUAUGCUAAUAUUGAAUAAGACAGCAGGAGUUUUUUCUAAACUGUCAAAAAGGAAAGUUUAUGAAUUUUUAAGAAGUUUUAAUUUUCAUUCUGGAACACAGUUUCUUCAUAAACUAGUAUUGGGAAUUGAAACCAGUUGUGAUGAUACAGCAGCUGCUGUGGUGGAUGAAACUGGAAAUGUGUUGGGAGAAGCAAUACAUUCCCAAACUGAAGUUCAUUUAAAAACAGGUGGGAUUAUUCCUCCAGUAGCUCAACAGCUUCACAGAGAAAAUAUACAACGAAUAGUGCAAGAAGCACUUUCUGUCAAUAGAAUCUCUCCAAGUGAACUCUCAGCAAUUGCAACUACCGUAAAACCAGGACUUGCUUUAAGCUUGGGAGUAGGCCUAUCAUUUAGCUUACAGCUGGUAGACCAGUUAAAAAAGCCAUUUAUUCCCAUUCAUCAUAUGGAAGCUCAUGCACUUACUAUUAGGUUGACCAAUAAAGUAGAAUUUCCUUUUUUAGUUCUUUUGAUUUCUGGAGGUCACUGCCUAUUGGCAUUAGCUCGAGGAGUUUCAGAUUUUCUGCUUCUUGGAAAGUCUUUGGACAAAGCACCAGGUGACAUGCUUGACAAGGUGGCAAGAAGACUUUCUUUAGUAAAACAUCCAGAGUACUCCACCAUGAGUGGUGGGAAGGCUAUAGAACAUUUGGCCAAAAAAGGAAAUAGAUUUCAUUUUGAUAUCAAAGUUCCCAUGGAACAUGCUAAAAAUUGUGAUUUUUCAUUUUCUGGACUUCAACACAUUAUUGAUAGAAUAAUAAUGCAAAAAGAAAAAGAGGAAGGUAUUGAGAAGGGACAAAUCCUGUCUUCAGCUGCAGACAUUGCUGCUGCAGUACAGCACACAACAGCAUGUCACAUUGCAGAAAGAACACAUCGUGCUAUUCUGUUUUGCAGGCAGAGAGACUUGUUAUCUCAAAGUAAUGCAGUACUGGUUGUAUCUGGAGGUGUUGCAAGUAAUUUCUAUAUCCGAAGAGCUCUGGAAAUUGUAACAAAUGCAACACAAUGCACUUUGUUGUGUCCUCCUCCCAGACUGUGCACUGAUAAUGGUAUUAUGAUCGCAUGGAAUGGUAUUGAAAGAUUACGUGCUGGGUUGGGCGUUUUACACAACACAGAAGGCAUCCGCUAUGAACCAAAAUGUCCUCUUGGAGUAGAUAUAUCAAAAGAAGUUGGAGAAGCUGCCAUAAGAGUACCAUGGUUAAAAAUGAAGGUUUGAUUUUUGCUUUUCAAAAAAAUCCCUCAAGGUAGUAUUUCAACAUUAAAAUUAAGUUUUGACUUUUUGUGUAUCAAAUUGUAGAAGAUAUAUAUGAUAUUAAUUAUUCACCGUGACUUUUUUUUGUUAUUCUUUUUCUUAUGCUUGAUGUUUAACCUGCUCUUCUGAGUGACUAUAAAAUGUUGUAGUCUCUCAGGGAGCAUAGUUUGUUUUUUUUUUUUUUCAUUAUCAGAAACCAAAGUAAAACAUUUUAUGAGGAAAGAAUGUACUGAUGUUGGCAGGUAGAAAGAAAAACCUCGGAAGAAAUAUAGUGAUUCUGCUAAAUCCUGGCUUCAUAUCAUACAAGCCCAGAUCUUUCCUCCUUUUCUCACAUUGGAAUAGUAGAAGCUAUUUUUUGAUGCCUAUUUAUACAUGAUCCCAACUUCUGGAAUGAGAGAGCAAUUUUAGAAAGGUAGCCAGGUCAAAGUCAUGUCAAAUCAAAGAAUUCCAAAUCAAAACAAAAGCCGACUUUCUCUAACAGAAUAUAUGCUAUUAAUUAUAAAGAUAUAUGUUAGUAGGUAUCCUCUGUGGAGUAAAUGGGAUAUCUAUAUGUUUUGUCUAUCUAAUUUGAGAUUUAAAAAUUUUGAUAACAGGUCAAGGGUUCGGAUUCCUCACUGGCUAGUUGCCAAAAAAAAUAUCUUGACAUGCAAGUAAUCCCUCAAGUAUACAUUGUAUUCUUUAGUUGGCCACAUACAUUCACAUUAAUUAUUUUAGAAAUUGUAUUUUAUCAGAUGAAAAUAAAUGAGAUAAAAAGGGUUUUUUAAGGUUUGUUUUUGGAUAAUUUUUUAAAAUUAAUUUAAUCUACUAUAACAAAGUCAAAGAAAAUGAGUGAUAGUUACAUAUUUAAUAAGUU